AUGGGUUGCCUACACUCCAAAACCGCUCAUCUUCACUCUCCUGAAGACCCUCCCACUGCCUUGCCAGACUCCAAAAAACCCGAUCCAGUUGUUAAUUUAUUUUUUGGUUUUGAUUUUGAAGGGAAUGGUGGGGAUGAUGUUGAUCAAGAGGGUCAGGUCCCAGCAUUCAAAGAGUACGGUCUGAUUGAACUUCGAAGGGCCACAAAUGAGUUCAGCACAGAUUACAUUGUUUCUGAGAGUGGGGAGAAAGCCCCUAAUGUGGUCUACAGAGGGAAGCUUGAGAACAAUCGGUUAGUUGCUGUGAAGCGCUUCUCUAAACUGUCUUGGCCUGAUGCUCAACAGUUCAUGGCAGAGGCAGCUGGAGUUGGGAAAGUGAGGCACAAGAGACUGGUGAAUCUAAUUGGUUGUUGUGCUGAGGGAGAUGAAAGGCUCUUGGUAGCUGAGUACAUGUCAAAUGAUACUUUGUCCAAACAUCUCUUUCAUUGGGACAAGCAACCAUUACCAUGGGAAAUGCGUGUAAGAGUUGCAUACCAUGUUGCCCAGGCACUAGAUCAUUGCAGCUUGGAAAACCGGAAAAUAUAUCAUGAUCUAAAUGCAUAUAGGAUUCUUUUUGAUGAGGAUGGUGAUCCCCGCCUAUCUAGUUUUGGGCUUAUGAAAAAUAGUCGAGACGGGAAGAGCUACAGUACUAAUUUAGCUUACACUCCACCUGAAUUUUUGCGAACAGGAAGGAUAAUCCCGGAGAGUGUGAUCUACAGUUAUGGAACUGUUCUUCUGGAUCUUUUAAGUGGCAAGCAUAUUCCCCCAAGCCAUGCUUUGGACCUGAUUAGAGGGAAAAAUGUUUUGUUGUUGAUGGACUCUUCUCUAGAAGGGCAAUAUGCAAACGAUGAUGCUACAAAGUUGGUUGAGCUUGCUUCAAAAUGUCUUCAGUUUGAGGCUAGAGAACGACCUGAAAUUAAGUUUCUUCUUACUUCCGUUACACCUCUUCAGAAGCAGAAAGAGGUAGCAUCUCAUGUGUUAAUGGGCCUAACUAAAAACACAGCAGUGCUACCAACCAUGCUUUCUCCCCUUGGAAAGGCUUGUGCAAGGAUGGAUCUUACUGCAGUGCAUGAUAUAUUGUUAAAAACAGGUUAUAAAGAUGAAGAAGGUGCAGAAAAUGAGCUUUCAUUCCAAGAAUGGACACAACAAGUGCAAGAUAUCUUGAAUACAAAAAAGUUUGGGGAUAUUGCAUUCAGAGACAAGGAUUUCAAAAAUGCUAUUGAGUAUUAUUCUAAGUUGGUGGUUAUGAUGUCUGUUUCUUCUGCUACUGUGUUUGCAAGGAGAGCUUUCUCCUACUUGAUGAAUGAUCAAGCAGAACUUGCAUUAAGGGAUGCCAUGCAGGCACAGGUCUGCAUACCUGAUUGGCCAACUGCAUUCUACCUGCAGGCUCUUGCUCUCUCAAAGCUGGGAAUGGAAACUGAUGCACAUGACAUGCUCAAUGAUGGGGCUGCCUUUGAAGCAAAGAGGUCUAACAGCUGGCGUGGGUGCUGGUUUAAGGGGCAAGCAAAAGAACUCUGGUAUAAGAUGUUCUCAAGGAAUAUUACAAAAUCGAAUGCAACCGGUCAGUGGAAUCAUUAUGUCUACAUUUGGAAUGCUGGUCUUGCAAAAGAUGUUUCUCUCCUAAUUUUUCCUGAUCUUGUGGCUUUUGAUGCUUUUGGAAAUAUUUUAAAGACAGUCGUGCUUGUGAUGCUGAUCAUGAAAAAAGAAAAGCCAUAUAGUUAUAUGGAUAACAAAUCACCGAGCAAGGGGUCCAAGGAGGUGGCACGUGAGUCUCUGAUUGCUAUCUCUAACUCCCUGCCUGAAAAGAGCCUGGAUUCAAACUGUGUGUCUGAGAGCAAGAAAUCAGAUGGGGUUGCGAUGUCAAACCGUGAUAAAAAUGACAAAUUUAGGUCUGAACUGAUUUCAAUUUCGUACGCUGAAUCCCCUGAUGUCAAAAUCUGA